AGCGUAACGGCUAACUUGGAUCACAUGUCCCUUAAUAACUUUGUGCGACAUCAAUCGCCGUUUACGGAUACCAUGGGAAUGAAUGAGAAGUGCCGUAAACUGAAUCUCACCUGUCGCAAAGUCAGUGACUUCUCUUAUAAAACGGCAUUUUUUUCGUAGUAAACUUAAAAAAUAGUUCAACCCAAAAGUAUUGUUUAGUGUAAAACAUGUUGAAGAUUAGCAUAUAGGAUGUCGAUUCAUUAAAUGAUUUGCUGUUUCCUCUAAAAAGUUGUUUAUUCAGCGUUGUGAAGCCUCUCCUCCAUUGACAUCCAUUAAAAAAACGGCCUCUGGUGUCCUUUCCAACGUAGUAGUGCCAGACCGGAAGCGUUAGCUUUAGCCGCUACGCUUUUUCGGCUAAUGGUUGCAGGCUUGCUUUGUAGUCGCUUUGUCCUGGCACGCGCGAGCAGUGACGUGGAUUAUCAUCCAUUGCUGUGCGAAAUCAGUGAAGUCACUGCAUUCAACUAACGUUACUAAUUUACUCCUCUGCAGUGGGUCUGGACUAUUUUUUACCUUUUGUAACAAGUGUCCAGUGAGGAGCAGCACAUCAACAUGAUUAAAGGCAAAGUUGAAAACAUUAAAGACAAAAUCGAUGGCAACGAGCUUGAUUUAAGUCUCAGUAAUCUUACAGAAGUGCCAGUCAAGGAUUUGGCAGCAUUUCCAAAGGCAACGGUUUUGGAUCUCUCCUGUAAUAAUCUAACGGUUCUGAAUCCUGAAUUCUGCAGCUUGACUCACCUCAUCAAAAUUGAUCUGAGCAAGAACCAGCUUGUCUGCUUACCAGAUGAAAUUGGGCAACUCAGUAGUCUCCAGCACUUGGAUUUAUACAAUAACAAAUUAAAAAAGCUUCCCGUUGGCUUUUCACAACUCAAGAGUCUGAAAUGGCUGGAUCUGAAGGAUAACCCACUGGAGCCAGCAUUGGCCAAGGCUGCAGGCGAUUGCUUGGAUGAGAAGCAGUGCAAACAGUGCGCAUCCAGGGUUCUCCAGCACAUGAAGCUACUGCAGGAAGAAGCAGAAAAGGAACAAGAAUGUCGAUUGUUGAAAGCGAGAGAACUAGAAAAGAAAAAAGAAGCCAAGCAGAGGGAAAAGGAGGCCAGGGAAAAGGAAGCACAAAAAAAGAAAAAAGCAGAAGAGAAAGAGAGGAAGAGAAAGGAGUAUCAAGCUCAGAUGGCUACUUCUGCGGCACAAGAACAACAGAAAAAGAAGAAAGAGAAGAAAAAGAAAGCUGCUCAAAAUCAAGGUAAAAAGACAGCAUCCGAGUGUGUGCCCAAAGCCAAGCGGUACAUCUGCUCCCUGUUCUUCUCUCUGCUCCUAAAACUCCUUCUCCUGCUAAUUGUGGGAGUAGCAAGUGUAAUAGCAGUUUGUCAGUUGACUGAUCUGAGGAAGGAGGCGUUCUGUGUUCCAGUCAACGUGCACUUUGAGGAGACGGUGAGGUGGGCUCAGGGUCUGGAUGUCGUGCAGCAGGUCAUUCAGAAAAUAUCUGAUCUCUGAACAUUAAACUGUGUCUGAUUAUGAUACUGAUUUGAGCCUCUCAGGAGACGCACUGGGACCAAGUCACAGACCUGUACGCAGAAAUUCCUAUGGAAUUGUUUCUUCCCUUACUGCAUCUUUUAAAAAAAAUAAAAAUCCAUGUGAUAACAAUGGACCAGUUUGUGAAUGGAAAUCCUGCUUGUAUGUGUUUAAACUGCCAAAUCGGGAAAGGAAAACGGACUUCAAGAAACAGUUGAUGAAUAAUAACAUUUGUGACCUUUGGAGUCUUAUGUAAUAAUGUUUCACAACAUCUUAUAAUAAAAGAUUUGAUCGAUUUAGAUUAGCUCAUGUUUGCUGUCUCCGUGCUAGAGUUGGUAAAAGCAAAACUGAGCCUUAAAGGAAGCUGAUUAUAAGUUUCUGCAAUAACUGCUCUCAGUAUUUGCUCCGGCAUGUUCACACCUAAAACUUGGAAAGCUUUUAUAUUGUUAGCUUGCCAGGACAUUAGAAUCAUUUUGGAAUUCCUUAAUAAUGAAACAUACAAUUGAGAUCAUAAAACAAUUAUUUUUUUAUUGUUAGCAUCAAUGCACAACAAAUGUGUUUAAGACUAUAUAUUUUUGUUGUUAUUGUUGCAAGGAUGAGAAAUACCAUAAAUGUCCUACAACAC